CGUGACAUUUCACGAGAAGGAACAUUUCAAGGCAAACAUACUAUUUUAGUAUCCAAAGGUUUACGAUGAGGUAUAAUUUUAUUUAUUAUUUCUGAAAUUUUUUUCAUUUCUUUUUUUUGAGCAUUUUUCCAUAGUAGUUUAUCUCCUAAUGUAGAAAUUGGAAUUUCAUGACCCCCUACAAGAAUUAUCCCAUUUAAUCCAUUUCAAAUUCCUUUAUUAAACACUAUUAUUCUAAUUACUUCAGGAUUAACAGUAACCUGAGCUCACCAUGCUAUUAUAAAUAAUAAUUUUAAUCAAACAACUCAAGGAUUAUUUUUUACUAUUAUUUUAGGUAUUUAUUUUUCUUUACUUCAAGCUUAUGAAUAUUUUGAAGCCCCUUUCUCUAUCUCAGAUAGAAUUUAUGGAUCAACAUUUUUUAUAGCAACAGGAUUCCAUGGACUUCAUGUUAUUAUUGGAACUAUUUUUCUUUCUAUUUGCUUAAUUCGACAUUUAAAUUUUCAUUUUUCUAGAAAUCAUCAUUUUGGGUUCGAAGCAGCAGCAUGAUAUUGACACUUUGUUGAUGUUAUUUGAUUAUUCUUAUAUAUUACUAUUUAUUGAUGAGGAAAUUAAUUA